GUCGGACACCCAGGAAGUGAAGUUGUCAGUAGGCCCGGGCAGUAUGGAGAGAUUGGACAAAGCAGCUCUGAACGCCGCCAGCUUCCCUCCGCCGGACUUCAGGCAAAAUGAUGGCUCUUUAGUUUCUACCUUGAAGACAUUACUCUUUUUUACCAUCUUAAUGAUCAUGCUCCCAAUUGGUCUUUACUUCUCCUCCAAGGUUUACGUAUUUGAAGGUGCAUAUGGUAUGUCUAACAGGGACAGCUAUUUCUAUGCUGCAAUAGUGGCUGUCAUUGCUGUGCAUGCGGUUUUGGCCCUAUUUAUAUAUGUGGCAUGGAAUGAAGGCUCCAAACAGUGGCGUGAAGGAAAGCAAGACUAA